AUGGCAGAUUGUUCUGUGAAAGAGUCACUCCGACUUAUCGAAGAUCUUAAAUUCUUCCUUGCCACAGCUCCAGCGAAUUGGCAAGAAAAUCAGGUAAUUAGGAGGUAUUAUCUUAAUCAUGAUGAAGGAUUUGUUUCGUGUGUGUUUUGGAAUAAUCUUUACUUCGUGACGGGGACAGACAUAGUGAGGUGUAUCGUUUACAAAUUCGAACACUUCGGCAGAAAGAUAAUUGAUCGAAAAAAGUUCGAAGAAGGUAUAUUUUCUGAUUUAAGAAAUUUGAAGUGUGGGACGGAUGCUAUAUUGGAACCUCCAAGACUGGAUUUCUUGGAAUUCUUGUUUAAAAACCUGUGUCUUAGAACGCAGAAGAAGCAGAAGGUGUUUUUCUGGUUCAACGUACCUCAUGAUAAACUAAUGGCAGAUGCCUUGGAAAGAGAUUUGAAGAAGGAAGCGUUAGAUCAAAAGCCUACUACUAUUGCAUAUAGAGAACCUGCAGUUUCUUUUAAUUAUGACGAUAAGUCUCCCUUGUAUACACAAUUGAUAGAACAUAUGGACAAGCAGCAGAAAUUUAACAGGAUGGAUGGUGAUAAUAAUAUGGAGGAACACUCAAAUAUACAUGAACAACAAGAUCCAAUAAAUAAGAUUACUGAAGUGCCCGAAGAGGAAGAAGAUUCUGAAGAUAGAGUGGAUGAGCAACUAGAUAAAGCAAAUGCUACCAUUAAACAAAAAGGCUAUGAUUUCCUUACUCAACAAACACCUGUACAAUACAAAAAUACAGAAUACGAAGAUGAUUUUCCGUUGGACUAUUUUGAUACCCAAGCUCAGAAUGGCGGUGCUGAAUCUGAUGAAUAUUUUAAUGUCGAUGUUAGUGGUGUCGUGGGCGGUGGAAAUUCAACUGGAAAUUAUGAAGAGCACUACGAUACAUACAUAGAUCCUUCGAUAUUUGUAGCGCCUACGGCCAAUCCCUUAGUUUUCAACAAUGAGUAUCUUAUAGAACAAACACAACCAUUGAAGAGUGCUAAGUAUCCCCCAGCUAUAUCAUUCUCGCAGGCAAUCGCCGGUGGCAGGUUAGCAUCCUCGAAGGAAGAAUAUUUUCCAGGUUCUCAACCACAAUCAGCAAAAUACACUCAAUUUCAGAGAUCUCUUGUACCACAACAGCCACUACAACAAUUUGCAGGCUCUCAACAAAUGUCAAUUCCACAACCACCUCCUCAACAUCUACCACAACAGCAACUACAACAACAGCAGCAGCAACAGCAACAUUUCUGGAAUGAAUCAUCUAAUGUUUUUCCACAACAGCAAUAUUAUAAUGGGGAGGCAGGAUAUUUACCCUUCCAACAACAGCAGCAGCAAGUAGAAUCAGAAUACUGGACAUAUGCGGAUCAACAAGCUCAGCUUCUGCAACAACAACAAUUCGCUCAACAAUAUCAGCAACCGAUCAUGACCAAUGGUAAUUACUACGUACCAGGUGGUGAGAGUGAAUCCUACAAUCCAAUGUAUCAACCUGUGAAUUCUUCAAUGGUUGUACAUCAUCCAGUUUCUGCUGGUGGCAUGCAUACAGCCGGUGAAUUCCCAAUAAAUAGAGCGCCUUCGAGGCACCAUCCGAUAAAUAAUAAAUUAAUGAAUGCAAAGCGGCAAGGUCCACUUCCCCAGAGAAAUUUUAGUGGUGGAGGUGGUGUGUCGAAACCUGAGAGUACAAAGCGUCAUACUCAACCGUAUGCAAAUCUCCAAGAAGUUGUUGCAAAUAAGGCUACGAAGGUGACCAAAAAGGAAGAUGAUGAAGAACCGUUGCUUCACUCAGUCUCGAAGAAGACUUCAUUCAUUCCAACUCCGGAGUCUUCUGUCAGUCAGGUUGAAACUCAUACAGCAAAUCCAGCUCAAUCAGAGUAA